AUGCCGACCCCGAGGGACAGCAGCACCACGUCCCACACGGCCGCGGGCGGCGGCAGCGGGGACCAUUCCCACCAGGUCCGAGUGAAAGCCUACUACGGGGGGGGAUAUAUUAUGAUAACACAUUGUGAGCCUUCCAUACCCUUUGAGGGUCUUUGCAAUGAGGUUCGCGACAUGUGUUCUUUUGACAACGAACAGCUUUUCACCAUGAAAUGGAUAGACGAGGAAGGAGACCCGUGUACAGUAUCAUCUCAGUUGGAGUUGGAGGAAGCCUUCCGCCUUUAUGAGCUAAAUAAGGAUUCUGAACUCCUGAUUCAUGUAUUUCCUUGUGUACCAGAACGUCCUGGAAUGCCUUGCCCAGGAGAAGAUAAAUCCAUCCACCGCAGAGGGGCACGUCGUUGGAGAAAGCUUUAUUGUGCAAAUGGACACACUUUUCAAGCCAGACGUUUUAACCGGCGUGCUCGCUGUGUCUGCACAGACAGAAUAUGGGGACUUGGGCGCCAGGGACAUAAGUGCAUCAACUGCAAACUCUUGGUUCACAAGAAGUGCCACAAACUUGUCACAAUUGAGUGUGGGAGACAUUCUUUGCCAGCGGAACCAAUGAUGUCAAUGGAUCAGUCAUCCAUGCACACAGACCGUUCACAAACAGUGAUUCCAUAUAAUCCUUCAAGUCAUGAGAGUUUGGACCAAGUUGGUGAAGAAAAGGAGGCCAUGAACACCAGAGAAAGUGGCAAGGCUUCAUCCAGCUUAGGUCUUCAGGAUUUUGAUUUGCUCUGGGUCAUAGGGAGAGGAAGUUAUGCCAAAGUACUGUUGGUUCGAUUAAAAAAGACAGAUCGCAUCUAUGCAAUGAAAGUUGUGAAGAAAGAGCUUGUCAAUGAUGAUGAGGAUAUUGACUGGGUGCAGACAGAGAAGCAUGUUUUUGAGCAGGCUUCCAAUCAUCCUUUCCUUGUUGGGCUGCAUUCUUGCUUUCAGACGGAAAGCAGGUUGUUCUUUGUUAUAGAAUAUGUAAAUGGUGGAGAUCUAAUGUUUCAUAUGCAGCGACAAAGAAAGCUUCCUGAGGAACAUGCCAGGUUUUACUCUGCAGAAAUCAGUCUAGCUUUAAAUUACCUUCACGAAAGAGGGAUAAUUUAUAGAGAUUUGAAACUGGACAAUGUGCUACUGGACUCUGAAGGACACAUUAAGCUCACUGACUAUGGCAUGUGUAAGGAAGGAUUGCGGCCUGGAGAUACAACCAGCACUUUCUGUGGUACUCCUAAUUACAUUGCUCCUGAAAUUUUAAGAGGAGAAGAUUAUGGCUUCAGUGUUGACUGGUGGGCUCUCGGUGUGCUGAUGUUUGAGAUGAUGGCAGGAAGAUCUCCAUUUGAUAUUGUUGGGAGCUCUGAUAACCCUGAUCAAAAUACAGAGGAUUAUCUCUUCCAAGUUAUUUUGGAAAAGCAAAUUCGCAUACCACGUACUCUAUCUGUAAAAGCAGCAAGUGUCCUGAAGAGUUUUCUCAACAAGGACCCAAAGGAACGAUUGGGUUGUCAUCCACAAACUGGAUUUGCUAACAUUCAAGGGCACCCAUUCUUUCGAAACGUUGACUGGGAUAUGAUGGAGCAAAAGCAGGUGGUGCCUCCCUUUAAGCCAAAUAUUUCUGGAGAAUUUGGUUUGGAUAACUUUGACUCUCAGUUUACUAAUGAACCAGUCCAGCUCACUCCAGAUGAUGAUGACAUUGUGAGGAAGAUUGAUCAGUCUGAAUUUGAAGGUUUUGAGUAUAUCAAUCCUCUCUUGAUGUCUGCGGAAGAAUGUGUCUGAUCCUCGUUUUCAACGAUGGGUUCUGCUUACUGCCAUUUAAUGCAUGGAUAACCCUGUUAGCCUGGAUUUAGUGUACCAUUUUAUAUUUGUCACCUACAAAAUCCCUUUCCGUAUCCUCUGUCAUACUCUGUAGAAGUCAAUUAUUAUAGUUAGGUAUGACUAUGAAAAAGAAAAUAAGACCAGCUUCCAGAUAAUCAUGUCAGAAUUCAGUUAUACUGGUUCUUCAGAUGCCUUCUAAUGCCUGAUGAAGUUGUAUUCUGUUCAAAGGAAAUGCCACUGCUUUUAAAAGAAAUUCAGGCCAGGC